GCGUUGCGUUGCGUUACGUAACAGUGAUAACAUUGAUUGAUUGAUGCCACCGAAGGUCCUUCCUCUAUAAACAACGCCAACGACACUUGUUUGUAACCAUAACCAUCCAUCAAUUCGCAUUCGCAUUCAAACGGGCUUUCUCUCUCACUCUCAUAUUCGAUCGAAGAAAAUCGAACGAAAGAAGAAAAGAAAGAACGACUUGACUCACCGAAGAACAAAUCAAUGGCCGAUCAACUCACCGACGAACAGAUCUCCGAGUUUAAGGAGGCCUUUAGCUUGUUCGACAAGGACGGCGAUGGUUGUAUCACAACUAAGGAGCUCGGAACUGUUAUGCGUUCAUUGGGGCAAAACCCAACUGAGGCAGAACUCCAGGACAUGAUCAACGAAGUGGAUGCUGAUGGGAAUGGUACCAUUGACUUCCCUGAGUUUCUAAACCUCAUGGCCAGGAAGAUGAAGGAUACUGAUUCUGAGGAGGAGCUCAAAGAGGCAUUCCGGGUAUUCGACAAGGAUCAAAAUGGGUUCAUCUCUGCUGCUGAGCUCCGCCAUGUGAUGACAAACCUUGGAGAGAAGCUCACUGAUGAAGAGGUUGAUGAGAUGAUUCGUGAGGCUGAUGUUGAUGGUGAUGGCCAAAUAAACUACGAGGAGUUCGUUAAGGUGAUGAUGGCCAAGUGAGUUAUGUCUAAAAAAUAUAAAUGAAGAACUUAGAUUUCAGUUUUAUAACAGUCAUGUAUUAGUUCUUGUGCUUUCUUUUUCCCCACAUUUUUAUUUGGUGGUUUUGAAUCCAUUAUUAAAACUGAAAUUAGUUGUAGCUGUUGUAAGUCCUGCUACUAACAACUGUAGUGGAACAUAUACCUCAGUAUGUCUUGUAAUUUUAUCCAAAAAAAAGUUUGUAAUGUUAAUGUCACCUCAUUUUCUACCA